CAAAUGUUAAUGUUCAUUUACUCGCGAGAGGUAUAAAUUGUUAAAUCCCACAGUUCUAGGGUUUUAAGGUUGUUGCUGUGUCAGCUUUCGUGCUCGUGCUUGUUGUGUUGGAUCUACUGUCACCAAAAGACGAUUCAUUUGAUUUGAUAUAGCCAUGACUGCUCAGACCCAAGAAGAGCUUCUAGCUGAGCACCUCGAGCAGCAGAAGAUCCAUCAUGAUGAACCUGUAGUUGAAGAUGAUGAAGAUGAUGAGGAUGACGAUGAUGAAGAUGACGAGGAUGAUGACAUUGCUGAAGGACAUGAAGGUGAUGUUGGUAGGUCCAAGCAGACACGGAGUGAAAAGAAGAGUCGCAAGGCAAUGCUCAAACUUGGAAUGAAACCUGUUACAGGUGUCAGCCGGGUGACAGUGAAAAAGAGCAAGAAUAUCCUAUUCGUUAUCUCAAAACCAGAUGUUUUCAAAAGCCCAACAUCCGACACAUACAUCAUAUUCGGGGAGGCCAAGAUUGAAGACUUGAGCUCACAGCUACAAACUCAGGCAGCAGAGCAGUUCAAGGCCCCCAAUUUGGCUAAUGCAGGACCGAAACCUGAAUCUUCUAGUGUUGCCCAAGAUGACGAGGAUGUGGAUGAGACGGGAGUAGAUCCCAAGGACAUAGAGUUGGUGAUGACUCAAGCUGGAGUGUCAAGAUCAAGAGCUGUUAAAGCUCUCAAAGCUGCAAAUGGCGAUAUCGUUGCGGCCAUUAUGGAGCUAACUACUUGAUGGAUGGGCAGAUUCUGUAGAAUUUUGGAUGGAUCUACUUUUGGUCCCUUUGCUCGAGUUGGCGAGGGAAAUAAUUGAAUAUGUUUCCCAUGCAUAUAUGAAUCCUUCAUUUAUACUAUGAGGGAACAGAAUGUCAGAAUCCAAAUUAGUAGUUGACUCUUGACUCAUGGCAAUUUUUGUCUUGCCUUGCAUUGGUGGUUGGAACCAGAUCAAAAUUUCUAGUUAGGCUGCAGCAAGCUCUGGAAAAAAAAAAUGAUUUUAGUUUUAGUUAUAUUUUUUUAAGGGGUAAGGUUUGGACUAAAUUCUAAUUUAGUCACUAAUGUUUCAAAUAUUCUAUUUUAAUCCUGAAAACUUUCAAACGUUUAAUUUC